ACCUCUGUCUCUCCGCUUUGUUUUGAUUCUGUUUUCGACCGAAAUCUCAAAAAGAAAAUGCCAAGAGAAGAAGGGAGUAAAGGAACAGAGGAAGAAGGGGGUAGUUAUUAGUUAAUACUUAAUAGCACUGUUUACGUAAGCAGAGUAUUGUAUUUGUACGUACAAAUAUUAGCAUCGUAGUAUUUACUACAGUUACAGUAUACGCGAGAAAGAAGAGGUCGGAGUCGGAGAUUGAAGGAACCCCGGGGUGGCCCACCGGUCACUGUUCCCCCUAAUUCAACAACAGUGCUAACUAUGAGCAUUGAGCUUCAAUCACUUUCCUGUUUGGUGGGGAGUGGGGACGCCAAUGCUUCCACAGGACCAACAAUCAUUACGCCCAAUUCUGUCUUCUUCUCUUUGUUUUAUGUUUGCCCAUACCGGAUUCUUGAAUUUAUGUUUCAGUGUUUGCAUUCUGUUGAGUAUUGACACUUAUUUCGUUGCUGCUGUUACUCUUAGAUUAAUGACAAAUGUAUCACCCAAACAACUCUGCUUCCACGCAACUCAUUAGUUUGUGAUCACCCCAUGGAUUGUGUUGCCACUGCAAUGGAUCUUGUCAAUGGAGGUAACAGUCUAGCUUCCAAGCAGCGGUUACGCUGGACCAAUGACCUCCACGAACGCUUCGUCGAUGCGGUUGCUCAACUUGGUGGGUCAGAUCGUGCCACACCUAAAGGUGUCCUCAGAGUUAUGGGUGUGCAAGGGUUGACAAUUUACCAUGUCAAAAGUCAUUUACAGAAAUACCGACUAGCAAAAUAUCUACCUGGCUCCUCAACUGAUGGGAAAAACGCCGAGAAGAAAGAAACAGAGGAUGUACUUUCUAAUCUUGAUGGUUCAUCUGGGAUGCAAAUUACUGAAGCACUAAAGCUUCAAAUGGAGGUGCAGAAGCGACUGCAUGAGCAAUUAGAGGUGCAGAGACAACUACAACUAAGGAUAGAAGCGCAGGGUAAAUACUUGAAGAAGAUUAUUGAAGAGCAGCAGCGGCUCGGCGGUGUUCUUACAGAAGCACCUGACUGGGGCGCUACAGCUCUGGUUCCAGGAGUUACACACCAAGAAGAUAAUAAGACCGAUCAAGCAACCCCUGCCACAACCUCUGAGAGCCCCCUUCUGGAGGUAGCUGUGAAAGAACAAGCCCUGGCUAAGAGUCUUUCAAUUGAUGAAUCCUUUUCAUCUCAGCAUGAACCGUUGACACCUGAUUCUGGUUGCCAUGUUGGCAACCCCACUGGCGGCCCUGAAGAGGAGAGAUCAACAAAGAAACAGCGCUUGAACAUAGAUGGAUCAUAUUCUAGACCAGAAAUGCUGCUUCCGCAUCAAAUACUGGAGUCAAAUGUCUCAUCAAACAAGCAACCAAAUGUUGUUUCUACUCCCCAGGAGGAAUAUGAUCAUUCAAUGGAUAUAGCUGCCAAAAGUGUGACAAGGAAUUCCAGCAGGGUUGUAUGAGUAAUCUGUGAUUUAUUCUAGCAAGCAGCUUGUGUAUUAGGACUGAUUUCAUUUCAUUUAGUCGGGCAUAUCAUAUGCAGUCUUGUAGAUUAUGGAACCUGUAGGCUGUAGCUCUUAGUUUUCAGUACACUCAGAUUUCACUUUGGGUGGAGACCUAUUCAUGACGGUGACUCGAAGACGCUGAUCGGUUGUACGAGAUCUUAUCAGUCAAUGUAACUGCAGAGUGCAGAUGCUUAGGAACAGUGCAGUAGUAUGUGGUCUGAUGCACCAUAUAUUAGAAAUUCGAUAUUCAUACUAUAAUAUUGGAUUAAUAUUUUGUCUUAAGGUC